AUGGAAGAAAUUGUGCAAUCUUCUGAAGCAAAUAUACAACAACAAGUAGCUGAAACAAUUGAGAGUGAGGUUGACAAAUAUUUGUUGGAACCUCUAUUACCAAGAACUGAAAAUCCUUUGCUUUGGUGGAAAAUGAAUCAUAAAAGGUUUCCUAGCUUGGCUGCAGUUGCCCGAGUAUACUUGAGUGCCCCGCCAACUAGUGUACCAUCUGAGCGCCUUUUCAGUGUAGCAGGUGAAGUGAUCAGUGAUCAUCGUAGUUCACUUCUUCCAGAAAAUGCUUCUAAACUUAUUUUUUUUAAAUAUAACAAGAAUCUGAUUUAA